AUGAGCGCCCCGGGCACGGAGAGCGCGGGGAAGAGCCUGCAGUGCCGAGUGGACCACCUGUUGAGCGCGGUGGAGAGCGAGCUGCAGGCCGGCAGCGAGAAGGGCGACCCCACCGAGCGCGAGCUGCGCGUGGGCCUAGAGGAGAGCGAGCUGUGGCUGCGCUUCAAGGAGCUCACCAACGAAAUGAUCGUCACCAAGAACGGCAGGAGGAUGUUCCCAGUGCUGAAGGUUAACGUGUCAGGCCUGGACCCCAACGCCAUGUAUUCCUUCCUGCUGGACUUCGUAGCGGCCGACAACCACCGCUGGAAGUACGUGAACGGGGAGUGGGUGCCCGGGGGCAAGCCCGAGCCGCAGGCGCCCAGCUGCGUCUACAUCCACCCAGACUCGCCCAACUUCGGGGCCCACUGGAUGAAGGCGCCCGUCUCCUUCAGCAAAGUCAAGCUCACCAACAAACUCAACGGAGGAGGCCAGAUCAUGUUGAACUCCUUACAUAAGUACGAGCCUCGCAUUCACAUAGUGAGAGUCGGCGGGCCCCAGCGCAUGAUCACCAGCCACUGCUUCCCAGAGACCCAGUUCAUAGCAGUGACAGCCUAUCAGAACGAGGAGAUCACAGCUCUUAAAAUUAAAUACAAUCCAUUUGCCAAAGCUUUCCUGGAUGCCAAGGAAAGAAGUGAUCACAAAGACAUGAUGGAAGAAGUGGGGGAGAGCCAGCAGCCUGGGUACUCCCAAUGGGGGUGGCUUAUUCCUGGCACCGGCACCCUCUGUCCACCGGCCAGCCCCCACCCUCAGUUCGGAGGCCCCCUCCCUCUCCCCUCCACGCACGGCUGCGAAAGGUACCCGGCCCUGAGGAACCACCGCUCGGCCCCCUACCCCAGCCCAUACGCUCACCGGAACAAUUCUCCAACCUGCUCGGAGAACUCGUCUGCCUGCUUGUCCAUGCUGCCGUCCCAUGACAACUGGCCCAGCCUCGGGGUGCCCGCCCACAGCAGCAUGCUCCCUGGGACCCACAGCGCCAGCCCGCCCACGGGCUCCAGCCAGUACCCCGGCCUGUGGUCUGUGAGCAACGGCACCCUCACCUCGGGCUCCCAGGCAGCUGGGGUGUCUAACGGGCUGGGGGCCCAGUUCUUCCGAGGCUCCCCUGCACACUACGCGCCCCUCGCCCACGCCGUGUCCACCGCCUCGUCCUCAGUCUCCCCACCGUAUGAAGGGGCUGCCACGGUCACGGACAUUCCUGAGAGCCAGUACGACGCCUCGGCCCAAGGCCGCCUCAUAGCCUCAUGGACACCGGUGUCCCCGCCUUCCAUGUGAAUCCAGCCCUUGUCUCCAGGGUGCAGUGGCUCUGCUGUGGCCAGCGGUGUUGACUGGAUCCCUGCUAGGCACCAGAUGUCAGCUGGGGGGGCAAGGAGAUGCGCCUGCCCGGCUGCAGGUGAAAGUCAGAGGGGUCUCCACCACGUACACCCACACCCCUCGCUCGUCCUCUGCAAGAGCCGUGCGACUGCCAAGGGGACAGUCUGGAGAGGACGCGGGGCCUGGUUUCCCAUGAUUCAUAGAGGAAAAUCCUGUGCCGGGUCCUGAAGCUAGGCAUUUGUUUCUCACACAGCAAACAGGGAGACUUUGCAACAGAGCGUGUCCCCUCCGCCGGCAGACAGCACGCUUUUAAACCUCUUCCUUGUUGCUUUCAAGUAGUUAGAGUUGAGCUGUUAGGGACAGAAACAAUUCAGAGUGAGGACAGCAGAUUGUAGCUGAACUGGAAGUUUGAUUCCACUGCCCUCUAGAAGGGGUUGAUUUUGAGUGUAUGUAGCUAAUCUCUUGUAUUGUGAAAUCACCUGUUUUAUAUUUUCCUUUUGACAAAAAGAGUAAGUAGC